AUGAUACUAUUAUUGCUCGGCAUUUUAACGAUAUGGUAUUUAUGGAAUCAGCUGUAUUGGAAAAGACGUGGCCUACCUCCAGGGCCCACCCCGUUCGGGCCACUGGGAAAUAUGCCGGAAGUCAUCUGGAAACUUCCUGGGUAUGAAGCGUUUCGGCGGUGGGGGAAGAAAUACGGGCCGGUGCAUACCUUCUGGUUAGGUCCCCUACCUGUCAUUGCCAUCACGGACUACAAGACCCUAAAAGAAACGAUCGUCCUCGAUGGCGACAAAUAUGUAGAUCGCUGGUUUUUCAAUGGGAUUGCCGAGAAGAUUAUGGGUGGUAACUACGGCAUCAUCCCCGCGAACGGAGAUCUAUGGAGGGAGCAGAGAAGCGAAUUCGACACGGCAGUUGGGUCAAUCACUAACAAUUUGUUGUUGGGGUAUCGCUUUGAUGAGGACCGCCAAGACGAAUUUCGACUUGUGAAAGGCUGCCUCCGCGAAUUGAGCGUGGCUUCUACCAACCCAAUGUUUAUUCUAACCGCCUUGGUGGCUCCACUUCAAAACAUUCAGCCAUUUAAAGGAGCUUUUGAUAACGUCCUCGCCUCCCGCCAGACUUUAUUUGAUUUUAUUUUGAAACAAAUAGCUGCCAAGCGAGAGAAGGUGGAUUAUGAUAGUCCGAGUUCUAGUGACUUUGUUGAAGCCUAUUUGAAGGAGUGGGAACGGAAAAUGGGAACCGACCAGGAAGCCUACUUUUUCGACCUCCAAUUCGGAUCGGUCGUUUUCGACUUAUGGGCGGCAGGCCUCGACACAACCACCAACACCCUCAACUGGGCCGUCUGCUACGUGUUGAACCAUCCAGAAGUGCAAGACAAACUACACGAAGAAUUGGAUCGCGUAAUCGGUUCGGAUCGGAAAGUUACGGUGGCCGACAAGAAUAAUCUACCGUAUGUGAAUGCUGUGGUUAAUGAAGUUCAAAGACUGGCUAACCUAUUGCCUCAAAAUAUUUUCCGGUCUACCAAUGCUGAAUGUGUCCGCAGCUUAGCACGGUACUGUAUGAUGAAGAGAUCUUCCCAGAACCCUACAAAUUCAAACCCGAACGCUUCU